AACACAUACAUUCUUGUUAUACGCAGAUAAACAAAGAUUACUACUGUUUAUUUUCAAGCGCUGCCGCAAUCCCAUGUCAAAUAUUCUCAAGUUAAUUUCGUUUCUGUGAGGUUAUCAGCCAUGUUAUCAAAACUGUUAUUGUUUUAUUAUCCCAAUCUGCAAAACUUAGCAUAACACUGUAGAAUUUUAAUAUUUAGUGAUAGGUGUGUGACAAGGCAAAUGUGAUAAUAGGUUCGAAAUAUGGUCCAGAAUACAUUUAGGAUGAAUAAUGAGGGAAGGUACUGGCCACAGGUUUUAGCAAUAGGCGUGGGUUCCCUGGGAUGUAUAAACAAUGGACUCCAAUACGGCUGGACUUCACCCUUCAUAGUCAAAAUCACCAAAGACAAAGAAAACUACGAUAUCACAGAAGAUGAAGCCUCAUAUUUCGCAACGAUGCCAGCUUUAGCUAUGAUGAUAUCUUGUUCGCUGUUCUCGUACCUGACUCAUAUCAUAGGACCUAAGAAGACUUACCUUUUAGGAGCCUUUCCUUAUAUCAUAAGCUGGAUUCUUUUAAUGGUAGCGAAGGAGGCCUACGUAUUCUAUAUUUCAAGAUUCUUCGCUGGUAUGACCGAUGGAAUAAUGUUUGCCUCAUUCCCGAUGUACAUGGCGGAAAUCACCGAACCAAAAAUUCGAGGAACAUUUGGUAAUGGCCAAACUGUAGCCAUUUACUUUGGCCAAUUUGCAAUAAACGUCAUUGGCACUUAUCUGGAUGUCAAAAAAACUUCGUACAUUUGCGUAGUAGUACCAGUAUUGUUUCUGAUUUUGUUCCCCAUGAUGCCAGAGUCACCGUAUUAUCUUAUCAGGAAAGGCAAAUAUGAAGAGGCUAAGGAGGCUUUGAAAUGGCUUCGAAGGAAACCGGAUAUUGAGGAGGAUUUUGCUAAGUUGAAAUCGGAUGUUCAGAGGCAAACUUCAGAUAAAGGUACUUGGAAUGAGCUGUUCACCGUAGAACCAAACAGAAAAGCACUUUUGGCGGGACUAUUCCUCAGGUUAUCCCAACAACUCAGCGGCCUGCAAGUAUUCGCAGUCUAUACCAAAUAUAUUUUCGAAAAAUCUGGAAGCAACCUGGACCCUGACAUGUCCACAAUGGUUUACGCUGCGAUGGUUCUGAUUGUGAACACCUUGACUUGUUUCAUGACCGAGUAUAUUGGAAGGAGGAAGGCCUACAUGUUCUCCUUAGGCACAUGCGCUGUGGUCCUUUGGAUAUUAGGAAUAUACUUCGUUAUUGACCAAUUCUAUCCCCAAGUAGAUCUUGGGUCUUUUCAAUGGGUUCCUCUCACAGGAUUGAUAUGUUUUACAGUAUUUUCAGCAUUUGGUGUAACUAUGAUACCAACUUUAAUGUUAGGCGAACUAUUUUCUGCUAGUAUUAAACCCAAAGGCAUGAUGGUUUUGAUAGUUGUAUUUGGAGCUGGAAUUACGUCUAUAUACCAACUAUUUUAUUAUUUGAACACAAAGUUUGGAAUGUAUUGUCCAUUUCUAGUAUUCGCAGCCUGUAGUACUGUCUCGUCGGUACUGACCAAAUGGUUGGUUCCUGAGACUAAGGGAAUGACGCUAGAAGAGAUACAGCAGUAUUUGACGACGAAGAAGAAAUCUUUGACAAAUGUGGAAACAUCCACGAAUAGUCAAACAGCUAUCUAGACAAAAUUUGAGGUAUAAAGUAUUGCAGUAUGCAUGUAGUUUCAGAAUGUUUGUUGAUUGUACAUCUGUAAUGCCAUUCAUUAGUUAUUAGUAGAAAAGGAAUGUGAUGUGAUGUGAUAUAAUCUUUACUUCACAAGCAUCUCUGAAUGAUGUAGUAACCAGACUGAUAACGAAUCUUGACAAAAACCAAUGUAGCAGAAACUUUAAUGAUUUGGCUAAAUGUACUACUGGUUGAAUGUUAAUAAUAUUAGUUUGACAUAUGGAGAAUAAAAACGAACUAUUAUGUGAUGUCAAAACUACAAUGUUUGUCAAUAAGCUAAUCCAAACGAGCAUUUAUACAAGUAUUUUUCCAGUACCUCAAGCUCGUAUUAUCAAUUAAUACUUCAUUUCAAAAAGACAACAUUUUUAUACUUAAUUAUAUUCCUUUAAAGUGUCUUUUGCUGUGUUGUAACUCCGACAUCUUCAAAUCUAUUGAUUUAUAGGGAUAUGAUUUUAUUCUAUGUAUUGAAACGUACAAGAUGCUGAUAUUCAGAUUUUGAUGAGUACUCACGAACAAAAUUUCCGAACUGAAACAUGACCUGUUCAACUUAAUUAACGGGCAUGACCUCAUGUAGCGCUUGAUGUUCCAGAUCUCUUAGGCCCGCUUUAGGUUAAACAUCAAAUGGGAACUGUUGAUGGCGUGAAGUGGUGGAGUGGAAAUAUGCAAGUUAGUUGAAAGCAUUCUUUUAUUUCCUAAGUCGCAUAUGUGCCAGCCAGAACAGUUUAAAUUGUCUACUGUCUAGUAUCACAGUUUUUCAAUUUGAAACGUAUAGGGUUGCCGCUUAGAAUGUCUUGUCAGUUAAUUUGAAAGUUUCCUGUACUCGAAAAUACUGCUGGUUUCACUUGCAUAUACGUAAAAGUAUCACUGGUAUAUCACACAAAUCUGAAAGAAUUAUUACUUUAACUUAAAUCUUAAGGCAGUUAUGAGAUUUUCUGGUUUGAGUGGUUUCAAUGAAUACAAAUAGAUUAGAAGAAGCUAAGCCUAUAUAGUCAACGCCAAACAAAGUGGCGUGCACGUCAUCAAGGUGGGUGUGUUGAAAAACUUACAUUGUUGCCAAACUUUUUGUAAAAUAAUAAAAUUUAUUAUCUACAUAUCUAGGUUUAUAAGCAAUAUUAACCUCAAAUGAGAACAAAAAUAAUAGUAUAAUAAAAUUAUAGAUCUGUACUUGCAUAAUCAUUAAGUAUGACAAUUAUUGAUGAGAUGACACUAUGAAACUACCAUAUUUAAUUGAUAGCUUAAAGGUACUGAAUAAAAAUCCAAAUGGGGUCCUCCAAAUUUUAUGCAUGGUAUUUAUUUUACAGAAUUCAUACAGAAAAAUGCAUUCUAAAAUUAGGUAAACUACUGGUGUAAGCUUUUUCUGUACAAUAAAGUUAGUCGGAGUUUUUUUCUUCAGCGCUGUCUGAAUCUGAAUCUUCAUCACUCUCAAAGUUGAUUAUUAAAGGUUCGAUGUCUGGUCGAUCAAAAAUUCGUUCUCUUUCAUACCAUUUAAAAAUUUCUUGCUCAGUAUGUCGAACAGUAUUUUUCCACAUGUCUGGGGUAACCGUUUGUAGAGCCUCGUUCCACAUAUCCAAACAGUCUUUUUCACUGUUACCAUCUCUACCAAUAUGUCUGUUAUAGUAACCUUUUGCUAUGCCCCAAAUUAACUCAAUAGGGUUAAAUAUACAAUGGUAAGGAGGCAGACGAAGAACUUUGUGCCCAUGUUGUUCCGCCAAUUCAUCAAUCACGUAUAUUUUAGGUGGUUUGUUUCUAAAAAAGCAGUUAUUUUAAGAAUAGGAAUAAACAAAAGAAAUAUAAACUGUCGACCAAAAUAUAUAUAAUUAAGAAGCAUUAUGUACCGAGCAACAAUACUCAAUAGCUCUGGUUUAAACAUUGUGUUUAAAAAUGGUAUGUUUUGAUUUGUCAACCAGUCUUGGAUAUUUUUUUUGUCCAUACAUUGUUGGGCACUUUGUUCAAUAUCAUGCUGUGAUAAGGGGCGUUAUCCAGUAUAAUCAUAGAUGGACUCUCCAAUUUUUCUAAUAACUGAUGUUGAAACCAUUUCAAAAAAUUGUCCUGGUUCAUCUCUCCAUGGUAAUCGCUCAAUUUUGUUUUCGAAGAAAAUAUCGCUUCACUACCCUCAAUAAACCCAUUUUCAUUUCCAG